AUGGCGUCGUCAGCGUCACUCAAGGACCUGUCCAAAGCCUUGACGUCCUUCUUCGCCUCACCCUCCCUCCCGCUGUCCGACGACGUCGCCGAGGUCGUCGAUGCCUACCUGAACAAGCAUGAGAAGUAUGACGAUUCGAGCGCCGAAAGACUGCAGGACGAACUCCUCAGCAUCUGGGACAAGCACGUCAAAGGCGCACCAGCCAAAUAUGCCCCUUUCCUCCACAUCUUCCGUCUUCUGGUGUCUGCGAUCCGCGCGCCCGCUCGCUUAUUCAAGUGGUGGGAUCUUCUCAACGACCCGGUCCUAGAGAACAUCAGUCGGGAGAAGGGCCUGAUGGAAGAGUCGCACCUUGCGACGCUAGAGGUUUUGAUGCUAGAAAAACGCGAAGACGACGACUCGACUGCUGAACCCGUCGUCAACCCUUUCGCCAAACGACUGCUGUUGACAUGGUUGGAGAAAUAUCACAAAGUCCAGUCUGAGAGCGACUUGACUGCGCAAUCCAGUGAGCGCGCAAUACGUCAAGCUUUGAUAACAUACGGCAAGAAAAAGCCCAGAGAUUUUCUCCUCACCUUGGAUACGUGCUUCGUGCGGAGUGAAUUCCGGGCGAGAAUCGCUAAGCUCCUUUGCGAAUUCGUCCAAAGUCAGCCGCCACAUCUGCACUUGAUAUUGCAGACGCCACUAUUCAACAACUUGAUGCGAUGCUUGCAGCAAGACACGUCGGCAACCGUCAUUUCUUUGGCCAUCACCGCCCUGAUCAUGAUAUUGCCACAUAUGCCAAGUUCGUUGGUGCCACACCUCCCAAAUCUUUUCAACAUAUAUGCACGGCUGUUAUUUUGGGACAGCGAACGGACUGGGAUCGUCGAGGCCACAUCAGAUGAAAGCGAGCAGAAGAGUAUUGCGUCGCCAUCAGGAUGGGAGACCUGCCCUUAUUCUCAGGAGACCGACGACCUCGAAGUCCCUCACUUGGCCAACUACUUCACCAUUCUUUACGGCCUGUAUCCCAUCAACUUCAUGGAUUACAUCCGGAAGCCACAACGAUAUCUUCGACACGCAAAUGCGGCCAACCCGGACGAGCUUGAAGUCCAACCAACCGAAAUACGACACAAAUCCGAGCGCUUCAGGCAAAGUCACCUUUUGCACCCAAACUUCUAUACCCUCACGAUCGACUCUGAAAAGACCGAUUUCGGGCGUUGGAUGACAAGUGAGCCUGCAGAAGUCGUGGCCGAGUGUAUGGCGCUGCGGUUCUCUCCGGAAACCUUUGCGACUGUUGAUGCAGGCCAUGGCCAGGCCGCUGAUGGAGACAUCUCCUUGCUCAGUGACGAAUCGGAUCGGGAUAGUCUCGGACCUGCCCUGCUCAGCGGUUCCAGGUUGGAACCUGGGGCUGAGAGCUGGAGAAGCACUCAAGAUCCGGAACAGCACUCGCGGGCGAGCAGCCGCGUCCAUUCGACUAGUCAACGUCAGAGCUCACUGUCUAGCCAACCUUCACACAGGAACUCACUUGAAGCCCCCAAGGCCGAUGUAGUCGCUGACAGUCCGACCCUACCUCCACAGCUCAUCACGUCGCCCUCCCACACACAGUUGCAAGACAUGCUGCACUCAAACAAGGUCAUCAAGUCCGGACUACAUCAGUCGAUGGCAAACGACAGCGUCCCAUCACUUGCAUUGAGCCAUCAGGAAUCUGCGGCAGAGAAGUCCAGUAGCCAUAUGCCCCCUCCCCUACCGGCUAUGCCUGCGCCGACGUCUCUUUCCGGCAGCCAUUCUCAGAUUGCGCACCUGCAGCGGCAGAUCCUUCUCCUGCACAAUGACUUGAACUUUGAGAGGUAUCUGAAGCAGCAACAUAUGGCGCAUAUCGGCGAGCUGCGGCGCAGACAGGUUCGGGAAGCUGCAAGUGAGGCUGAGACUCAAAAUCUCAUUUUGACCAACCGAACGUUGAGGAAACGGCUGGAAGAUUCCAAGAAGGCCGAAAUGCAGAUUAGGAAGGAGUCGGAGAAGAGCCGCACCCUGGCGAAGAAGUGGGAGUCGGACUUAUCCGCAAAGCUGAGAACUCUGCGUGAGGAAUCGAGAAAGACUAAGACGGAGAUUCAGUCUCUGCAGCAGGAGCUGCAGAGUGCAAGAGAAGAAAGCGAGAAGUUGAAGAAGCUGGUAUGUGAUGCUGAGGUUAAGGAGCUCAAUUCGAAGCAGACCAUGCAGUCCAUCGAGAUCAACGCCGCGGAGAACGACCGGCUGAAAGCUGAUGUGGAGCGGCUGUCGAUCUCGGAGAGGGAUCUUCAAGCCAAGGAAGCGGAGAGACAGACGGCGAUUACAUCUGCGGCGGAAGCAGAAAACCGGGCAGAGAUACUUGGUUUGAAACUUCAGGCCCGCGAGGAGGAGCUCCAGAAGACCAAAAGGCUCUUCCAGACCCAGAUUGGUGUGCUGAACACGAAGCUUCUCGAGGCACACGAGGGCAUGCACAGCAGGCGAACCGCCGAGACCAAGGCCGCCGUCGAGAGUGCACUUGCAGCGAGCCGGGCGAAGCAGGCUGAGCUGCAGAAGCAGUACACGAAUCUGAUGAGGAAAUACACGGUACUGCAGUCGCAGGUCGAGGAGAACCGGUUCUCGGUUGGAUCGUCCAACUCGCAUGGUCGAGGCGACUUUGUCUUCCGCAUGGAAGGAGACGGGGAGGGUUCGACACACUCGACUAGCCCCGUCACAACGCGAGGCAGCCACUCGGGCUUGCACAGGGUCUUAUCCGACCAUGACUUCAUUAACCCGACGUCCUUCAACGCGACACCACCCAUCAUGUCUAAGCCGUCGACUCCGGUGCCUGCGGGCUUGGCGCACCUUCCGCCAGUGGCAUCCAGCCCGUUGGAUAUGGACGAAGGCGCAGCCGCCAGCCCAUCGUCGGCGACAACCGAUCCAAGAUAUUUCGGCAGAGGUGAGUCUGGAACGGCCCGGAUUCGAUUCCGCGAUGGUUUUUGGCGGAUCAACUAA